AUGUACACCACACCGCUAUCGCUCCUUUGCAUCAUUUCACUUUUGUCAUAUUCGAUCGUCAGGCCACUAUGGGUGUAUUUGAGGGAUCCCAAAGGGCUUCGGAAAUANCCCUGUAUUAAUCCUCUGGCUGGCUUUACCAACCCCGGAUUCAUGUGGGAAGCCUACACCGGUUUCCGGUCGAACAAACUCUAUGAGAUGCACAAGACACAUCCAGUCAUUCGAAUCGGCCCCAAUUCGCUCUCUUAUGGAAGUGUGAACGCUAUAAAGGAUAUAUACGGGCAUAACUCGAAGUGCACGAAGGAUGUCUUCUACGAGGUACUCUCUGGCACGCAUUUCCAUCUCGCGGAUGUCGUCGAUAAGGCUGAGCAUGCCCGGAAAAGGAAGAUGAUGUCUAGCGCAUAUGCUCUGAAGAAUCUGGAAGGGUGGGAGUACAAGGUUGCGGACAAAACAGAUCGAUUCAUCAAAGCAUGCGAUGCCCAUUGCACCGCGCCUCUUUCCGAGGGUCACGUCCUUCCAGAUCCGCAAGAUGUGAAAUUCGACUAUCGAGCAUACAGCAACUUCUUCACUCUGGAUGCAAUCGCCGACAUUGGCCUCUCGGAAAGAUUGGGCUUCCUAGAUGCUGGUAGCGACAAAGUCGUAGGCGAGAAGAUGGAUGGUACAGUUUACGAAGUGGAGUCGUACCGCGCAGGUCUUCACGCUACUGCCAAAGCACAGAGCCUUCUUGUUUGGGCUACGGAGUGGUACGACUUCAACAGCAAGUACGUUUCGAAGAUCCUUCCAAGCUUUCGUAAGAUGUGGAAGCUCAAUGAAGGCUGGAACGAUCUGGUCUACCACAGGGCCACGAAACGCCUCGCACGCUAUCGUGCAGGCGAGAAGCUUGACGAUUUCUUCCAAGCACUCAUGGAGGAUAAGAACGGCAAUCCCAACAACCUUGAAUGGGGUGAAGUGGUCGCGGAAGUCAGCAUCAUGCUCAAUGCGGGUUCCGACACCACCGCCCUUGCCAUGAACAAUGUAAUGGUCUGGUUGUUGAAGAACCCAGAUUGUCUUGCUCGCCUUCGUGAGGAAGUUGACGCUGUCCUCGAACCCGAAGAGGUUGUCGCUCCGUAUGAUAAGGUCAAACACCUUCCUUACCUUCGCGCCUGCCUGGAUGAGUCACUGCGUGUCACACCUUCGACAACUUUCGGUCUACCGAGGCGCACCCCUCCUGGAGGCUCAAGGAUCAUGGACGAAUGGAUCGAGGGUGAUACGACAGUCUCUAUCUCAGCAUACGUCGCACAUCGCGAUCCUAUCGUCUUCCCCGAACCUGAAAAGUUCAAUCCGGACCGAUGGUUGGGAGAAAAAGGCAAGGACUUGCAGCCGUACUUCAUAAGUUUCAGUACUGGCUCUCGGGGCUGUAUUGGUCGCAACAUCAGUUAUCUCGAACAGACUGUGCUCCUUGCCAGUGUUGUUCAUAGGUACGACUUUGCUUUGCCUCAUCCCGGGUGGGAGCAGGACAGGUGGGAGACCACGAAUUUGAUGGCGGGUCCUUUGCCCUUGAAGGUCUGGAGGAGAGAACUCAGUGUGGCUAAGAUCUAG